CAGUGAGCCAAUAUAAUAAUCAUCUAUCAUGUAACACGACCUACCAUAUCAUUUCAAACUCAGCAUUAAUAUUUCUUUAUAAAUAAAUUAACACCUUAAAGUAAGAAACUUCCAACCCCUCUCACUUCUAUCUUCUCAUCGUUUCCUCACGGAACCUACUCUCACUUAUCUCCAACUUCAACCACAGCAACCAUGUCGGUGAAGGAGUGCCACCACCACAAGGGAAAGAAGCACAAGCUCUUCAAACGCAUAUUCUGGGGUAUAGUCAUCUUCGCGUUCAUCGUGCUGCUCACGGUUCUCAUAAUCUGGGCGAUUCUCAAGCCAACCAAGCCAACCUUCAUCCUCCAAGACGUCACCGUGUUCGGGUUCAACGCCACCGUCCCGAACCUCCUCACCUCAAGUUUUCAGGUCACGCUUUCCUCGCGCAACCCCAACGACAAAAUCGGCAUCUACUACGACCGUCUCAGCACCUACGUCAGCUAUAGGAACCAGCAAGUCACGUACCGAACCUCAAUCCCUCCCUCCUACCAAGGUCAUAAGGAAGAAGACGUGUGGUCCCCAUUCGUCUACGGAAACAACGUCCCCGUCGCGCCCUACAACUUCCUCGGCCUCAGUCAGGAUCAGUCUGACGGCAACGUCCUCGUCAUCGUUAAAGUUGACGGUAAAGUCCGAUGGAAGGUCGGCUCCUUUACCUCCGGCCACUACAACCUCUAUGUAAGGUGCCCUGCUUUCAUAACCUUUGGCCCUCGAAGCACCGGGAUUGCUCUCGGCAAUAACGCCGUCAAGUAUCAACUGGUUCAGCGCUGCACCGUCGGGGUUUGACGUCAACGUCGUUUCUAGCUUUAAAUACUCUCUCUUCCUCUGCUCUGAUCAUUCGUAUAUUUAGUGUCUAUUAUCUAUAUACGGUCUUUCUCUUUUCUUUAUACACGUAUUCUUCUCAUCUUCUACCCACGUAUUUCUUCUGUAUUAUUGCCGUUAGGUAUACGCGCGUGUCUUUGUUACAGUAAUUGAAAUUGUACAUUUUGCUACGGAAUAAAACUGCACUUGGAUGGA